AUGGGGGAUCCAGGCAUAUCUAUCAAGGUGGAGGCACGAUCAAGAGGGUUGAUACAGUUUCUCAAAGCACGAUGGCCUUUCUUCACAAACCCUACUAAGGAAGAGACAGGUUGCAUUGUCUUCAUCAUCUCUUGCCACGACCUGGAUGGUCUGCGUGAACUGUGGAUGAACUAUAAACUUGGAAAAGUCAAUAGAUUUCUGGAGGACCUGUUUGCUCGACAGGCCAGACUUUCCUCCGUAGAAACGGAUACAGACCUGGAGAUUAAGAUUGACAAGGGGGAUUUUUACGCCUGCCGUCAACAUCUGCUUCUAACCAGCCCUAUAGAUAAUGGUUAUCGGAUGGUGAGACUUGGAGGUCCCAAGUUCGAAGCAUCAACGGCAGGCAAACAGCAGGGCCUGAGUGAGGAUUUCCCAGUCUACUGUAAACCGAUAUCUCACAAGGCAACCUGCCCACAACUGGACUUCAUGGACCCUGCAGUACCUAUGGACCAGCUAGUUCAAAUACAGGCGGCCCACAAGAGCAUGUCGGUCGCAAUAGAGGAAUUAUUGGAUGCUGAACACACAGCAAGGAGGCAAUACCAUGGGCGGAAACAAACGCCAGGGAGGGAGAUAGAUCCAGGGACAACGAGAUACCAAGUUAUGAAGACGAACCAAGAGGAGGCGAAAGGCGAAGGAAAGAAGACAGACCUAGGAGCGGAAACAGACCCAGAGAUGAAGACAGACUCAGGGAUAAAGAAAGAGCCAGACCUUAAAAUUGACCCACCUGUCACGUCUCAACACAAGAGGGCUUUCCCCUAUGAGGAAGAGUCUAUCCAGGCAAGAAAACGCUUCAAGGCCUACUCAGAUCUAGAUGUUGCAGGGCCAAGUGGGUCUGGGGAACAGCAUCUGGAAACAAAGGCUUCUAGCUCAGAAGGCGCUAAAGGUCAUCCUGCAGAUGACAGUGACCACAGUGUGAACGACAGGAUUAUGGACCUAAAGCACAAGUUCUUUACUGAGGAUGUGUUAAAAGACCACAAACUUUUUCAAGAAACAGUUGAUCGCUUCAAGUUAGAAUUAAGGGCGAUGUUAGAAGCCGAGAACAAAAAGUUGCUAAGUGAAGAACAGUCAUCAGAUGAUGAUAAAGAAGAAGAUGAUGACGAUCAGCCUACAGCCCCUAAAGGGAAAUCAGCUGAGAAGAUAAGCACAAAACAAUCAUCUGAUAAUGUUAAAGAAGAAGAUGAUGAGAAUGUGGCUACGGUGCCAGUUGCUGGGAAAUCUGAACAAAGAAGAAUGUCUUCAAGGGCAUACAAAGACAUGUAUGACGACCAUUUCAAGACUGCCCGAGAAUAUCUGGACUAUUUCUACUCCAACAUGUUGGGCGCGGAUGUGGACGAAGGAUUGGCGAUGCCAUGGAUCUUUCAUCAAUUACACCAGACCUUUACUGGAGGAGGCUACUUCAUCCUUCUGGCGUACAUCGGAGUCACCUAUUAUAUUGAAGAAGGCAAAAAGGUCCUGGAUGAUCUCUGUCUCGACCCCGAAUUCGUGAUAAAGAGUCUAUCUGAAGCAGGCAUCACAGUUUUGGAGACGUCUGUGUACAAAACUCCCGAGCCGGGAGGAAUGUGUGUUUAG